AUGCCAUAUCUCUGCAAUAACGGUUCUCUCUCACCAAUUGAGCAACCAGAAAUUCAGAACGUAUCUGAAUCUGAAGAUCUCUUCCCAGUUAAACGUGUAAAUCAAAAGCGCCAAUCUUUUUCAAAAGAUGAAGAUCAAAAACUUACUGAACUCGUCGAACAAUACGGACAAAGAAAUUGGAACUUCAUAGCCAAUAAAUUGCCCGGAAGAACAGCCAGACAAGUACGCGAGAGAUGGAUUAAUUAUUUAUCUCCAAAUGUAAGCCACGAACAGUUUACACAAGAAGAGGAUGAGUUAUUAGAAAAGUUAAUGGACCAAUACGGCACAAAAUGGUCCAAAAUAGCCGAGUUUUUCCCAAAGCGUACAGAUGUUCUUUUAAAGAACCAUGGAGCUCUUAUAAAGCGCCAAAUCAAGAAAGGAAAACGCGUUUCUGUCCUUAAAUCUAAUAAUAAUUCACCAAUUGAACCUCCAAAAUUUGAAAUGCCAGAUAGAGUUCAAAGCCAGCAAUUAGUGGCCAAACCUGAGAAUAUGUCAACAAGUGUUUUGUUCCCUAUUUCCGAAAAUAUGAUUUCUAUUCCGACGCCAACUUUUGAUCAAAAUAUUUUACAACUGUUACUAAAACCACCUGAAGAACCAAUAUUUAGUGGGUUUUCUACAGUUGAAGAAUCCAUUGAUGACGAUUUUGACGCAGAAUAUUGUGCGGAUAUUGAUAUUUUUUGA